UCAAUGACCAACCUGGUCCCACACUUCAUCCAUGUCUUUGGGGACCUCUGAUCUCUUUAUGAACUGUUUCUUCCAUGAUGAAGAUCAGCCAUGGAGUAUAUCUGAGGUGUAUAUCAGGGUGUGCUUCUUCCCCACAUGAGAGCUGGGAUGUCCAGCAACAUUCAUCUAGAAGACAUUUCCCGCACUCAAGGCACUAAUACACCUCCAGGGUUGUGUGGGACCCCUGAUGUACAGGAGGACAGGACUUCAGUGCGGAACAUUUCCCUCACUCAGGAGUGGAAAGUAGCUUCUCCCUCAUGUGCAAACUGUGAUGUUUGUAAAGAUGGGACUUCUGUGAAAAACAUUUCCCACACUCAGGACAGGAAUACGGCUUCUCCCCUGUAUGAGAUCGCUGAUGUGUAUAAAGACUGUACUUCACUGAAAAAAAUUUCCCGCACUCAGAACAGGAAUACGGCUUCUCCCCUGUGUGAGAUCUCUGAUGUCUGUAAAGAUGAAACUUUUGUGAAAAACAUUUCCCGCACUCAGAACAGGAAUACGGUUUCUCCCCUGUGUGAGAUCUCUGAUGUUUGUCAAGAUCAGACUUCUCUGAAAAACAUUUCCCACACUCAGGACAGGAGUACGGCUUCUCCCCUGUGUGCAAUCACCCCGAUGAAUAAGUAGAUC